GGACCUCACGCAGAUCCUUCCAAGACACAAUACAAUAGCUACAUGCAGCAUGGUGGAUAGCUAGCGCAGCGACUGUCCUCAGCAGCCAUCUAUCAGAUUCAGCCCAACCCCAUUAUUGCGCCAUGCGACGACAUCUCCACCUGAAUACUGCACUAGUCUAUCAUGUCUCGCCCACGCAGAUCCAAUCGCGCCUCCGGUGCCAGGACGAAAUACAUCCAUGACCCGUUUGAGGCGGCUGGGUUUCUCAGCGAUGAAGAGGAGACGUCCUCCGCAGCUCCGCAGCCCAAGAAGGGAAAGGGGAAGGCUAAACGAGCCGUCGCGGACGAAUCCUCGGAUGACGAUUUCAAUAUGGAAGACGCCAAUGAAGACGAUGACGAUGACGACUACAAUGAUAAUGAUGUGGAAAUGGCCAUUGAGAAUGAGGAUGAGGAUGAGGAAGAAGAACAAGAGGAAGCAGACGAUGCUUCAGUGUCAGAAGUCGGCGAGGCCGUCCGUCGGCGCAAACAGCCCGCUACUGUCGCUACUGCCGCUACACCAAAGUCCGUCAAAAAACGACGGCCGGAUGGUAGCUUGGCGGUGCAGGGAGAGGAAACACAUUCGCGAGGGUCGUGGAAUCCACUUGAGCAUGUUGGGAAGGGGGUCCAUUUGCGUGUGACGUUUGGGUCGGACGAGAGGGAUAUCCUUUCGAUUAUUAGUGCGAGGGAUCGGUGGUAUAGGGGAGGUGAUUCGACGUUUCCGAGUCGGUCGUCAUUGGAUGAGUCGCAGGAUAUGCCGGAUUACAGCUAUGGGAAGUCGUUCGGCUUGGACCCGGAGGAUGUGAAACGGGAGAGUUCCCGUGGCUGGGAUUGGUACUAUAGCGAGGAUGUGGGCCAGCGGUUUAGGAAGAGGCAGUGGAUCGAGAGGAUUGACGAGCAUGAGGCUCGUCGGGUAUACUUUCCUAGGCCGAGGGGGGACCAUAAUGUGCUUGUGGGACCGGUUGAUGGCCAGAAGGUGUUUGCCUUGGCCCAGCAUGAAGUGCUUGAUUUUGGUGAGGCGUGGGCAGAGAAUACGCCCAAACAGGAGAAACAGGAUGGGAAGCAAGCAAAGACGAAAUCAGAGGGCAGGAAGAGGCGGAAACGAGAAGGAUGGAUAUUCAACGUAGGGAGCAAAGUCCAGUGUAUGGCGUGGGUGCCGAAUCAGACUGGCCUCACGCAGUAUCUGUCGGUUGUGGCUCCCAUUCUACCGGACCAGAAAGAGCAGUAUCCAGACCCAUACAAGGACCAGGGUGCUCCAGCAUUCAGACCAUCCGCGCCUUACCCCUCUGCCCUGCAACUUUGGGCAUUCAAGGCCGAAAGAGCCGAGUCUCUGACCAAGACCAUCGAUAUGACCUUCAAGCCGCAACUACGUCUUGCUCUGUGUACAGAAUGGGGAGAUCUGAGGCGAAUAUCCUGGUGCCCGAUGCCCCGAGACCCGCGGGAAGAAGACGAUGACGAUGCGCAGAAGAACGUUGGACUGCUGGCAGGUAUAUGGUCAGAUGGCUGUGUGCGGGUCGUCGACGUCAAGUUGGGUCGUGGGCCAAACCAGACUGAAUUCUACAAACUGCAUUCCCCCGUCUUCGAGGCCAAGCCACCAUCGACCGUAUGCACAUCCGUUACAUGGCUCUCUCCGAGCGACAUCGCGGUUGGCUGUGCCAACGGAUUCGUUGCCAUCUGGAGCAUUGUCCCGUCGACAUCCUCAUCCUCACCCUCCCAGCCCACCCCCUACUUCUACCACCAAUUACACUCGACAUGGAUCCUCAACCUCGCCUCCGCCUACCCAACCCACCCUUAUAUCAUAAGCACCACGUCCAUGGACGGAGAAACCCGACUCACAUCAAUCAUCGACCACCAAAAAGACACCGUGAGCGCCAACCGCAUGCGAGUCGGCACCCCUCAUCUCUCCUACUCCCCAAUCCUACACUCCUUCGUCUCCAGCGACGAAAACGACUUCGCACGUCUCCUCGCCGUUCGCCGCUUCUUCACCUCCACCGCGGUCGCCCGACUUCCAAGCAUGAUCUCCGCCAUCAGCACAUGCAGCUUCUGGCACCCAAGCAUCCUCGUCGGCUGCACCGGCGGCACCGUGCAAGCCACGAAUCCCCUCCGCCGCAUGAUGCACGCCAAGGAGAAACAAUGGCAACAGACCUGGUUCCAGCACGAAUGGGCGCGUGCCCCCGAUGACCGAGGGUCAGGCACCAGUCGGUUCCACGACGGAUACCGCGCCGAACACACCAGUCUAGUGCGCAACCUGGUCGGCGAUCCCAAACUCGUCAACGGAACAGCGGUGAUCACCGUCUACGACGAGGAAACCCACAUCACCGUGCUCUCAUGGAAUCCGAACCAGUUAUGUGCCGGAUGGGCCGCUGCAGGCGUGGGAUGUGGUCUGGUCCGCGUUGAGGAUUUGGCUUUGUCUUGACCAUACAGUGUGUACGUAUAUACCUACUACACACAUCAAUACCUCUUUUAUAUAUUCCUUCUCUCUCGAUAGUAUGGUUGUAAAAAUUCAGGACAGUCUGUCCACUCGACCGCUUGAUGUAUUACGCAGCCUAGAUAGAUAGAUAGAUAGAUAGAUAGG